AUGACGCGGCAUGUGCGCAAUUUCUUGGCGAUGUAUGGACGUGCAGGAGGUGGUGACGAGUUGCACGUCGAGCUCUCAAUGUUGUGGCUGUGCUUGCCGUAUUCGUGCCGAUGGUACAAACUGUGUUGGGAGUCUGAUGAUGAGAUCCAAAUUCAAAACGGCAGUUUGACCAAGGGGGUCGUUGCGGAAAGUCAAAUUAGUGGUAUGUUUGGUGUAGUUUUGUCUCGACUGGGAAAAGUUUUUCAGGUGCUAUACACCGACGAUCCAAAGUUACCACAAGAUCAGUGGCAGAUUGCACGGGCCGGCAGUCCAGAAGCGCGUUCUCUGCGAGUAGCAAAUUUGAAAGAGAAAACCGACUAUACAUUCCGGCUGAGAGCCUACAAUGAACUGGGCCCUGGACUGCCAAGCGAUACAUUUACACUGACCACUUGGCUUGCUGCUCGACCGCCGGUUGUUUCAAUUCGUCCAGCCGAUCGAAUCGUAAAAGACCCAAGUAAUGAUGAGCUUGUGUUUGAAUGCGAAGCAAUUGGCGUACCAAAACCAAAAAUUCUUUGGUUGUGGAGUGGUGGCUUAGUUGAGGAUGGCAAGGUUUCUUUUUGGUUUGUGUUCAUUUAG